GAGUUUAGUUUUAAAAAUAUUGCUCAUGUGAAUGGAUCGCCGUCGCUGGUGUUGUACGCGUUAUUACAAUAUUCGUCGUCGUCGACUUUGUAGCUUCGUCAUCAUUUUUGUACUUUUAUUGUGGCUUUGUUGUUUGAUUUUCUUUUGUAUAUACAGACAGCCGAGGGGAAUAAUGAAUAAAUACCACCACCACCACCGCCAUAACCAAAAACAACAACAUAUACUUUGAUAUUUAUUUAAUUUUAAGUUUAUUUUUUAAUUAACGAGGUACAGUUUUAAAUUUAAAAUUUAUGUUUAUCAUGUUGUGUAAAGUUGUUCGCCGCUAGCACUGUCAUGCCGGGAAGCUUUAUUUGGAAAGUUUAAUUUAGUUGUUGUAUUUCGUUUUCGUUCAUCUGCCUACCUAGUGCGUUGUGUAUUAAUCUUACACAUCAAUAAGAUAAAGUUAAAUAAUAAAGAUAAUUUAUAUACAUAUGUACAUACAUUUAGUUCUUCUGUUUGCGUUUAAUUAAAUCAUGUAUACAAUUAUUUAAACAUUUCUGCGGUCUUAUUAGUUUUUCGGUAGGUCCAUUGUAUUUUCGUGGUAUUUCUUUUAUCGUUGGAAUCUUAUUUUGUUUUCUUUGUGUAACUUUAUUGAUAUUUCAAUAUAUUAAAUUGAACAACAAAUUUGACUAUAAAUUCGAGAAAAUAAUACUUUUAUUUCUUAUUCUCUUUCCCUAUUUUCUCUUUAAACAAACACAAAUUAAUUAAUUAAUUUAAUAAAAAUCGUAUGUAUCAUUUAAUGAAUUAAAUUAAAUGAAAUCAGUUAAAGUGGCACAUUAUAAAGAAAAAUCGUUUGAACACUCGUGGAGUAGUGGUGGUGUAUCGCGUCGCGGUAGACCGCGUGGUUCAUACAAUAUGAGCGAAUUCGAUGUUAAUCUGAUCCGAGAGUUCGAAAGCCGGCCGGGGUUUUAUGAUAGGAAUUCACAUCAUUUCAAAGAUAAAAUAUAUAAUGCACAAGCAUGGCAAGAUAUAUCCAGUAUAUUGGGAUACGAUGUUGCCCUACUCAAAGAUCGCAUGCUUCAAUUGAGAAAUCGUUAUAAUUUGGAAAAGCGUCGAUUAGAAAAUCUUAGUGAAGAGUAUCCUGAUAAAAUAAUUCAAUCACAAUGGCCAUUAUAUGAACAUCUUCAUUUCUUAUCCGAUCACAUAAGGCCACGUCGUUCCUAUAAAAGAAUGAUCACGCGGCCUUCAGGAGAAUUCCAUAAUUCGAUAAGCAAUCAAUCCUCAAGUUCUGGAACAAAUAAUACCAACAACACAAAUGGAAUAACCACUGUCAAGUUGGAGAAUGAAUACGAAGAUGAUGACUCAGAAGAAAACAGUAUUCCAGAUGAUGGUGAAGUGGACAUGAAUUGCGAUGCAAGCAACUCUGUGUGUAAUGAUGAUGCUCCGCCUGUUGCACCAGCACCUCUAACAUUGAAGCCUAUAGCUGUGAAAAAUAUUGAGUCAAUGAGAACCAUUGUCCCAAAGGAGAACAUUCGAAAGAUUCCCCCUUCAGAACCUCCAAUUAUACGUGAGAAACGUUUGUGUGUCGAGUCGACGACACGAGUUCAAAAAUUCGAUGCCUUUGGUAAAUUUGUUACCUCAUCGCUGAUUGAAUUGCCACCUGAUAAGGCACUGAAACUGGUAGAAAAAUUUACUUCCGAUAUAGUUAAAGUACUCAUUGAGAAAAAUCAUUCCAUGAACGGUGAUAGAAAGGAACCAGUUAAUAUUUCAGAUGAUGAUUGCCACUAAAA